GUUGUGCACCAUGAAAGCUCUUUUUGGAACAACAGAAUUUAUGCAUAGAUCAGAUUAAAGUUCACUUUAUAAACCGCUAAUAUGUUCAUUAAAGAGUUCCAGACCUAUACAAGCCGACAAUAAAGCGGAAGAAGAAGAAAAAGGUGAAGUUAGUGCAAAAACGCCCAGUAGCGGCUAGCUGCUGCUAAUGAGAAGAGUAAAAAGAAAUUAGUGGCUCAGAAGAGAAGAAAAGAUUCAAAGUACUGGAUCUUUUCAAGCCCAACGUUCGCUGAUACAGAGCAGUGAUGACACCUGAUCUUAUAACUGACACCUGGUGCAUAUUGGUCACUUGAUUCCAGGGAAAGCAAUACAAGAUUCAUCACGGGGCUUCAUUUCCAACUGCACUCUGUACUCGACACAAGCUUCUGUGUCUUGACACCAAAGGAUCCGACACUACCCAGUGCAGUUCUGUAGUGUGGCGGAUGCAGCAACAAACACCAUCACAUUCCCAGACCUGAGUUGAAUAAACAUGCAGCAGCUGUUGGUGAGUAAAGAGGUUCUCAGUGAGCAGCAGGAAUGGAAUCAGAGUCUGGACCACAACGGCUCAGAGCCAUCAAAGAUUAAAGAAGAACAGGAGGAACACUGGAGUGAAGAUGAAGAAAAAUCACAGUCAUCACAGUUUCAUCAAGGAAUACUAAAAACAGAAGGUAAUGCAGAGGGCUCUGGAGGAUCACAACCAGCCAGCAACUCAGAUUUACAGCCAGAUACGGAUGAUAUGCGGCAGUUGUUGCUGAUUAAAGAAGAAAUUCUCCAUGAACAGCAGGAGUGGAAUCUGAGUGUUGGCCAGGAGGACAUUAAAGAGGAACAAGAGGAACUCUGGAUAAGUCAGCAGGGACAGCAAAUUCAUCAGCUGGAGGAGGGUGAUGAUAUGAAGUUUCCUUUCACUGCUGUCUUUGUGAAAAUUGAAAAUGAUGAAAAGCCACAGUCAUCACAAACUUAUCAAAACAGUAAUGAGAGCAUAGAGUAUGAGCCUGUUGCCAGCAGCUCAACUGUACACCGAACACUGACCACACAAGCUGAUGGAGAGGACAGUGGAGGACCACAAUCAGCCAGCAACUCUGGCCCAUAUAGACCUUUACAACCAAAGACCAGUGGUAGGAGUUCAGACAGUUCUGAAACUGAGACUGAUGACAGUUGUGAAUGGAAACAGAUCAGAGACUUUGAUUCAGGUUUUAACUCCCAGACAAAUAAUGUUAAGAGUGGGUGCAACAUUAUGGAGAAAUUUAAUUCCUCUGAGUGUGGUAAAGCAGGUUGUCACACGAACUAUUCAAAACACACAAGAAUGCAAGCAAGUGAAAAACCAUUUAGCUGUUCUGAGUGUGGUAAAGGAUUUGGACAAAAGGGUGAUCUGAUCAGGCACAUGAGAAUUCAUACAGGAGAGAAACCAUUUGGCUGUUCUGUGUGUGGUAGAGGAUUUGGACUUAGGGAUUAUCUGAUCAGACACAUGAGAAUGCAUACCGGAGAGAAACCAUUUGCGUGUUUUGUGUGUGAUAAAAGAUUUAGCGAGAAGGGUCAUCUGAACACACACAUAAGAAUUCAUACGGGAGAGAAACCAUUUGGAUGUUCUGUGUGUGGUAGAGGAUUUGGACACAAGGGUGACUUGAUGAGACACAUGAGAACGCAUACAGGAGAGAAACCAUUUGAGUGUUCUGAGUGUGGUACAAAAUUUGGACACAAGAGUCAUUUAAUGAGACACAUGAGAAUUCAUACAGGAGAGAAACCAUUUGCGUGUUCUGAGUGUGAUAAAAGAUUUGGACGAAAGGGCCAUCUGGUCAGACACAUGAGAAUUCAUACAGGAUAGGGUGUGGGUUAGGAGUUCCUACUGGACACUUGCCUCGAGUGUCCUCGGUCCCACUGUGAAGAGGGUUUGCGGGAGAUCUCUGUAUGAGGACGUUUCAAUGAAAACCAACCCCAGCUAAAAAUUCCACAAAACAAAUAUAAAAAAGUCGAAAAAUGAUAAAUUGUACUGGCCGGAUGUCUCACAGGAUAAAAAGGUCCCCAAAUCAUGCCUAGGCACCAGGGUGUGUGAGGAAAGCUGCGGGGAAUGAUCUCUCCUGCAGGAGUACUCAAAUGGAUAAUCCACCAGAUCAGCACAGUUCUGAUCCUGGACUCCAGCAGCAACAGCCUCAAAGGGCCAAAAGAAAUUUCCGAAACUUCACCACUGUAAAUUGGACCAUUUUUUUUAGAGGAGAAGAAAAUGAUGUUCUACUGCUUCGCUUACUCAAGGCAUGAGAAGUGAGGCAGGAGGUAAAAGGCAGUAUUUGAGGAGCAGAUAAAAGAAGCGGAUUUACUGAUAGGCUUACCGAUAGGCUUAUUUAAUAAAAUAAAGAUAGCCUAGAAAGACACAAUUAAUGAUCACCAGUUGCUGGAGGAAGGGAAACACCUUGUGUUUGGAAGGAGUCAGUGAAAGAGGGAGGAAGACUUGGUGCUGCUGUGGGCAAUCGAAUAUGCCAAAGUGAAAUACAUCAACCAGAGAGAAAUGUAGUGAAUGGCAAAGGAUAUCCCACCACUGCCAAAGUAAGAAAGACAUACCAAAAGGGUGACUCACCACCUAAAGACACAACUUUGCCACACAAAAACACUUUAGUGAUGCCGAACUACAAGCGAUAGAAGAUGAGGUUGAGCAAAUGGUCAGGGAUGGCUUAUGUCCUCAUGCAGCCAACCCAUUGCACCUUCUAGAAAUGCCUCUCCUCACACACAUAUCCAGCAAAGAACAUCAGAACAAGUCAGCCUCUCAUGCAAAAGUAGAAGUAGG